AUGGCCUACGAGCCGCUGCGCGGCUCAUGCUCAUGUGGUCGCAAUGAAUACCAAAUCAAUAUCCCAGACGAUGUAACAGAGCAUGCCGAGGUUUACUUCGACAGCAGCCGAGAUAACCGCCGAUUCCACGGCACACCUCUUUCGGCAUGGCUGCGCGUGCCUCUCGACUGGUACGAGUCUUAUACUCAAUCUUUCUUCCCGGAUGAAUCGCACUCCUCCAUCCGUCGCAGCUUUUCGCCCCGUCAUGCUCCCCAGACUCAGCGGGUGUUCUGUGGUUACUGUGGAACGCCAUUGACAUUCUGGACUGAGGAGCCGCGAGAGGAGUCAAACUUCAUGUCUAUUGCUAUUGGAAGCUUGCUUGUUGAGGAUCAGCGGGCUUUGGAUGACCUGGAUCUUCUUCCGGAUGACUUUGAUGAAGAGGCCCCUCGUGCUGGUGUCUCGACCUCGUCUGCCCUAGCUCCCGCAGAGACUCCCCCAUCUUCAGUUAUAAUUCCUUCCUUCGAAGAGCCAAAGGUCUCCAGAAGCUUCCAACACGGCACAACAAGGGGUAUCCCCUGGUUUGAAGAGAUGGUGGAAGGAAGCCGUUUGGGUCGUUUGAUGCGAUCUCGACAUGGCAAGGGAGUUAGUGAUGAUCAAUCUACCUCGAUUGAAUGGGAGAUUAGCGAGUGGCACGAUGACGGAUCUGGAUUUGUGCGACAAGAUUCGGAGUCCAGCUCACGUUCUACUGGUAAGAGAAAGCGGGUUGCUCAAGUUGAUGUCGAGGAGCCUGAGUCUCCCUCGAAACGUGUUGAGUGA